GACUGAAUUGAAAAAACCCCAUAAUUCAAAGGACCAUUUUAGGAAUUUACUCUUUAAAAAAUAAAAAUUGACAAACUACUUUAUUCACCCACGGCCCACAAAAUGUUGGAUAAAGAUAGGUGGCUAAUUUUCCUCCAGUUUCAUCCGCUCUUCUCAUCCUCUUUUUAAUGCUCCCCUCCCUACCUUUCCUUCCUCCCCCAUCAGACUACACUGUAAGUGCACCAAUUGGACGAAAUAAUGACAGCUAUGACCCUGAUGCAAAGUUCUUCACUUGUGAAUCACCCCUGGUCUGAAUCUUCUUCCCCUUGCAGUCCAAUCUUGGAAUAUAACCCUCCCCGCUUUUCCACUUCCAUCGAUUCGCUUUCUACUGAUAGAAUCAAACUCAAAUUGGGUUCGCAUGGCAACUUUAGGGUUUCGACCAAGUCUGCACUCUCUUCUUCUUCUUCAUCACGAGGGGACUACAAAAGGAACACAGGCCAGAUGGUUCCUCCCUACAACGUUCUGAUCACCGGCGGUUCCAAAGGAAUUGGAUAUGCACUUGCCAAGGAAUUUUUGGAGGCGGGUGAUAAUGUUCUUAUAUGCUCUAGAUCAGUUGAAAGAGUGGACACUGCACUUCAAAAAUUAAGGGAAGAAACAGGGAAGCAACAUGUGUGGGGCACUAAGUGCGAUGUUCGAGAUAGCAGUGAUGUAAGAAGCUUAGUUGCAUUCGCAAAGCAAAACCUUAAGCACAUAGAUCUAUGGAUUAAUAAUGCUGGAUCAAAUGCGUAUAGCUACAAACCACUAGUAGAAGCCUCCGAUGAAGAUCUUAUUGAUGUUGUCACAACAAAUACACUUGGUAUGAUGUUAUGCUGCAGAGAGGCUAUAAGCAUGAUGCUUAGUCAGCCUCGAGGGGGUCAUGUAUUUAAUGUUGAUGGAGCUGGAUCCAACGGAAGGCCAACCCCCAGAUUUGCUGCUUAUGGGGCAACUAAGCGUAGUGUGGUGCACCUUACAAAAUCAUUGCAGGCCGAAUUGGAGAUGCAAGAUGUAAAAAAUGUUGUAGUGCACAACCUCUCGCCUGGAAUGGUCACCACUGAUCUGCUUAUGUCUGGUGCUACCACGAAGCAGGCCAAAUUUUUCAUAAACGUAUUGGCAGAGCCCCCGGAUGUGGUUGCCAAUUAUCUUGUCCCAAACAUUAGGUCCAUACCCACACGUGGAUCGACAAAACCUACUUACAUUCGUUUUCUCACCGGAUUAAAAGCAUAUUCACAGAUAUUCUCACGAAUCGCAUUUGGUGCGAGGAGGAAUAGAUAUAUUCCUGAGGAUUGACGGAACAAAGCGUUAUCAAUGCUUGCACAAUCAUAUGUUUUGCAACCCGAGCUUAAACAGAGUGAGGCAUGAGGUGUCCUAAAAUUGAUGAAAUGCACGAACAUUGACCAAUCAAAUUGAGUUUGUUUUUUCAUAAAAAAAUUGAGAUUGUUUAGUAGAAGUAGUGUAAGGACUAACGUUGUGCGGAUGAAGGAGAAUAAUUUUUACUUGAUUUGUGAUUCGUAUUUAAACAUGAUGAUUCAAUUUGAAUAUAAAUAUACAUACUUCGUAUGA